AUGAACACGAACGGCAAUUGCAUGCUGGUCCACAAGCAACAUUGGCAGCACUUCGCCAAAAUUAACCCGACCAUACCUAACCCCAAAAUGGGCGAUUUACCAAAAGACAGGGUCCAAUUUGGCAGACCGUUUUUAUCGGUAGGAAUCGAUUAUGCCGGUCCGAUGUGGAUUAGGGAAUCGCGAGGCCGCGGGAAACGUUUAGCCAAAGCGUAUAUAGCUAUAUUUGUGUGUUUCGCCACAAAGGCUAUUCAUAUUGAAUUUGUUCCGGACUUAACAACUACCGAAUUUCUGGCCGCUCUUCGCCGAUUCAUCGGUCGACGCGGACACCCUCGCGAUGUCUAUACUGACAACGGGACUAACUUCGUAGGGGCACGUAACGUACUGAAAGAAUUGUUUCAGUUCUUUAACAACGCAAACAAAAAUAUUAUAGCUAAUCAGGCCGCCCAAAUGGGUAUUAAAUGGCAUUUCUUACCUCCCAAAUCCCCGCACAUGGGAGGAUUAUGGGAAAUUAACGUAAAGGCGGUAAAAACUCAUUUAAGAAAAACAGUGGGCAACGCCCAUCUGACUUUUAGCGAAAUGUCCACACUUUUAAUACGCAUUGAAGCAUGCUUAAAUUCAAGACCUUUGACCCCCUUAUCGUCCGAUCCCAACGACCUGAGCAUCCUAACACCCGGUCACUUCCUCAUCGGAGAGCCAUUAACUUCCUUUCCAGAAUACGAUGUGACGGAGGUGCCGAUUAAUAAACUGUCCCGAUGGCAAUUAGUAGAAAAAAUUCGCACGCAUUUUUGGCGACGCUGGAGUCGCGAGUACCUAACGCAACUGCAAACAAGAUCCAAAUGGCAGAAACAGCAAGACCACCCGGACGCGCUAGUUGGGUCACUCGCGCUCAUUAUAGAAGAGAAUGUACCAUCUCUCACAUGGAAAACCGGACGGAUCACGGAAAUUCAUCCAGGGGACGACGGUGUAGUGCGGGUGGUAACAAUCAAAACUGUUCAUGGACUCACCAAACGCGCCCUACGCUACCCUUCUAGGCCAGCCAGUCGUAAUAUGUUGAAGGACGCACCUUCAAGAGGGGAAGUCAUGUGUGGUACCACCCGAAGUUCUCGGCUGCUCGGCUCUCGUCGGGUGUUCGGUACCACCCCCAAAUUGAUUCAUCACCGCCCUCCUGGACGAACGAGUGGCGGACAUAGAGUCACCAACAACCCGUCAACGGGCACGCGUCGCGAAAACACAUAA